AUGCUGAGCAGCGGGGCCAGCCCAGCCCCCUUUGCCAGCCCAGCGGCCGCGUUCCCCUCUCGGCAUCCCGGCGAGGUCGGUGACCGCUCGGUCCCUCUGGCCGGUUGUUUGCGCUCGCUGGUUGUUCUCCCCGUGGCGCAGCCUCGGCCCCAGCGCCACAGACAGGGCUUUGUUUCAGCCUCAGCGCAGUGCCUGCACUUUCUCCAGAGGGAUCCUGGCGACGGCACCUCCUCUGUUGGGACACUCGCGGAGCCGCCGCCUCCUCGCAGGCGUGACGAGCCCAGCGGGUUGGGGCGAAGGAAGAGCCUCUCUGAAACAGUGGAUGAGAAGGUGGUGGAUGCUGCAGCCCAGAUCCCAGAGCAGACAGAUCUUUGCUACAAAACAGUGGAUGUGGAAAAGGACCUGGUAGACUGGCAGAAGCCCCUGCUGUGGCAGGUGGGCUACUUAGGGGAGAAGUACGACGAGUGGGUGCACCAGCCCGUGGAUCGGCCCAUCCGCCUCUUCCACUCGGACAUCCUUGAGUCCCUCUCCAAGACAGCGUGGUACGUGGUGUUCCUGGUGUGGACGCCCGUGGUGCUCUAUCUCAGCUGGUUCAGCUACACCUCCCUCGCUCAGGGCAACACCAGGCUCUUCUCCUCCUUCACCACAGAGUACUCCAUCCCUGUCCACAAAUACUACUUCCCCUUCAUCUUCCUCCUGGGGAUGUUCCUGUGGUCCCUGCUAGAGUACCUCAUCCAUCGCUUUGUCUUCCACAUGAAGCCACCCGCUAGUAACUACUAUCUCAUCACCUUGCAUUUCUUGCUGCAUGGGCAGCAUCACAAGUCUCCCUUCGACAGCUCCCGCCUGGUCUUCCCUCCCGUGCCGGCCUCGCUGGUGAUCGGCUUCUUCUACGGCGUCCUGCGGCUCCUGCUGCCCGAGGUGCUGGGGCUCUCCGUGUUCGUCGGGGGGCUCUGCGGCUAUGUCAUCUAUGACAUGAUGCACUAUUACCUCCACUACGGCUCGCCCAGAAAAGGCACCUACCUGUAUGGCCUGAAGGCUUAUCACGUCAAGCACCACUUUGAGCACCAAAGAUCAGGCUUUGGCAUCAGCACACGCUUCUGGGAUUACCCCUUCCGGACACUCAUCCCUGAGGAGACCUUCAAGAAAGAGGACUGACAGCCCCAGCAUGGUGCCUGGCUCCCAGCUCC